UACGAGCCGCAGCGUUAGUGGGCUAAGCUAGCUGGCUAAGUUAGUUUAGCCUUCGAAGUGAGUCCGAGCCGAGCGAACGGGCACCCCGGGCUCCAGUCAUGGCCUUGCGAGGGUCGGAGGAGGUGGAGGAGCGGAUGGAAGAAGCCGAGCAGGGCGAGGACCGGGAGCUGAAGAUUUCUCCCGCGGAGGAAAUGCCAGCGGACGGGCCUGGAGAGGACGAGCCGGAGCCGGAGCCGGAGCAGCAGCUGCUGCUGCCGUGGGACCGCUUCUCCGCCUGGCUACACUGCAUCUGUGUGGUGGGGUUUGAUCUGGAGCUCGGACAGGCGGUGGAGGUUAUAUACCCUCACCAUUCAAAGCUCACAGAGAAAGAGAAAACCAGCAUCUGCUACUUGUCCUUCCCAGACUCCAACUCAGGUUGCCUCGGGGAUACACAGUUCUGCUUCCGUUUCCGGCAAGCGGCGGGCAGCAAGUCGUCACUCGGAUGUUUUCUGGACCACUUUGACAGAGAUGCGCCCGUCUGCCUCAAGAAAGACCAGGGCCAUUUCUACGGUUAUGUCUACUUCAGACAAGUUCGAGAUAAGACAUUAAAGAGGGGCUACUUUCAAAAGUCUCUGGUUCUCAUCAGUAAGCUCCCGUACGUAACGUUUUUCCACUCGCUGCUGAAGCUCAUCGCUCCGGAAUACUUUGAGAAGCAGGAGCCCUGUUUAGAGGCUGCUUGUAAUGAUAUUGACCGGUGGCCGACGCCGUGUCCAGGAAAGAUACUGACCCUCCCCAUCAUGGGUGUAGUCAUGAAGCUGCGGAUUCCUACGUGUUCUGACAAGCCUGGAACCUCACAGCUUGUGCAGUCCACACCGACUGACAGUCUUGUAUCUAUUGUGCUUCCUACAAUCCAUGAAGUGGAUCUCUUCAGGUGUUUCUACCCGGUGUUCUUUCACAUUCAGAUGCUGUGGGAGCUCGUGUUGCUGGGUGAAGCACUUGUUGUCAUGGCACCGUCACCAGCCGAGUCUUCGGAGACGGUGCUGGCGUUGGUCAGCUGUAUUGCCCCGUUACGCUACUGCAGUGACUUCCGACCCUACUUCACCAUCCACGACAGUGAGUUCAAGGAGUACACGACCCGAACACAAGCUCCACCUUCUGUCAUUUUGGGGGUAACAAAUCCUUUCUUCGCCAAAACUCUCCAGCAUUGGCCUCAUAUUAUCCGCAUAGGGGACAUGAAGCAAACAGGAGAGAUGGCCAAACAGAUGAAGGUCAAGAAAUUAAAGAAUCUGAAGACUCUGGAUUCCAAACCAGGUGUAUAUAGCGCAUACAAGCCGUUCCUGAACAAAGAUGAAGAAAUCCUCAAGCAGCUACAGAAGGGAGUUCAGCAGAAGCGUCCCUCUCCGGCCCAGAAUGCCAUUCUGCGACGAUAUUUCUUGGAACUCACGCAGAGUUUCAUCAUUCCUUUGGAACGCUACGUGGCCAGCCUGAUGCCUUUACAGAAGAGUAUCUGUCCUUGGAAAAGUCCUCCUCAGCUGAAGCCCUUUGUUCAGGAGGAGUUUAUGAAGACUCUGGAGAAGGCUGGGCCUCAGCUCACCUCGCGUCUCAAAGGAGACUGGAUCGGCCUUUAUAGGCAGUUCCUCAAGUCUCCCAACUUCGACGGUUGGUUCAGGAACCGCAGGAAAGAGAUGACUCAGAAACUGGAGGCCUUACACCUCGAGGCGCUCUGUGACGAGGAUCUCCAGUUGCGAAUUCAGAAGCACACGGAAGUGGAGACAGUCGACCUUGUGCUCAAACUGAAGGAAAAACUGACGCAGGCGGAGAGAGAGCAGCUGCCGGUGAGAAUGGGGACCCUGGCCAAACUUCAGGCCCACAUUGAUUCAGUCAUCCUUUCACUUCCAGAGGACCUGCAGGGCAUCCUGCACAAACCCGUAACCCCCUGACCUUAACGACCUUAAUGACCUUAAUGACCUUAAACACACAGCAACAUCAGAACUACUGCAGAACCCACGCUGAGAGAGGAGGACGGAGCUGAGGACUGCUGUUUUUCAGCCAGCUCUACUUUCAAGUGCAAUUCUUCUUCUUUCCACAGACCGGAGUGCCCUGGAGUGGGGCAAUGCGGGCGUUGCCGGAGCUCAGUGAAGGCGGAGACAUGGGUCCGAUGACAUUUGCCACACUGUAUGUGAGGGAGGUUGUGAUGGAAAGUGGUGGACGUACUUGUUACCUGUAAUUUCAUUGGUUUCUUUAAUAUGGUUUGUCUCUCACUGUGUGAGAUUGACAUCAUUUUUAGCAUUUGAACAUUUUGAACUCAUCUGGUCGAGGAGAGAAAAGAAACCGGAGAUGGACAGAAUGUGUAAGAAGCAUAUUUUUACUAAAAGGAGAAUAAGUGCUGGACUACAUUUAGCUUUAUCCCAAUGCAUAGAAGGGUUCAGACUUAAAGCAACACUAAGAGCAAACUUAAAGAGCUUUUCCACUGCAUUGUACCUGCACUGCUCGAUCUGGAAAAAAUUGAGACCACUUAGGUUUCUGAAUCAGUUUCUCUGAUUUUGUUAUUUAUAGGUUUAUAUUUAAGUAAAAUGAACAUUGUUUUUUAAAUCUAUAGACCAAUAACAAAAUUUCUCCCAAAAUUAAAAUUUUGAGCAUUUUAGAGCAUGUAUUUGCAGAAAAUGAAGAAGAUUCAGAUCUUUCAGACCUCAAAUAAUGCAAAGAAAACAAAUUUAUAUUCAUAAAGUUUUAAGAGUUCAGAAAGCAAUAUUUGGAGAAAUAACCCUGGUUUUUAAUUGUCAGUUUUCAUGCAUCUUGGCAUCAUGUUCUCCUCCACCAGUCUUACACACUGCUUUUGCAUAAUGUUAGGCCACUCCUGGUGCCUAAUGGUGUUAAUCCAUCUUCCUCAUGAUUAUAUGCCAGAGUUUUUUUUAAUUUGGUAAAAUCAAAGAAACUCAUAACUUUUAAGUGCUCUCAUUUUUUCCAGAGCUGUAUAACAUAUUUGCUUUUCCUUUAGGUUAUUUUGCACCUUGGUUUCUGGAGCCAGGAACUUUUUAGCACCAACUUGCUGGUGGUUCUACAUGAGCUGAGGAGGCACUAAAAUGUAACCAAGAACUAGGGCUGCAAGAUAAACUAUCAAAUUUGAUCAAAAGAAGAAUCAUGAAUAACUAGGUUAGCACCAAUUUUGGAAUUCUGGACUAAUUCUGAAAUUACACAUGUACAUAUUUGCCUAUUCCAAUGCCAUUGUAUACAUUUACAUGCACACGUAACUUAUAGAGAGACUAGAUCCCCUGUAUAACUUUUAAAUUUUGUUGAUUUUAAGCUAAUUUUUAUUUAUUAUUAUCAUUAUUAAGAUCAUCAAACAUCCUUAUGAAUAACUACUAUUUCAAAUUGUCCAUGUACACUGCUCUGUCCAUGUAGACUGGAGGCAGAGCGAUGUAGAGUUCCACACCGAACACUCCCACCAAACUGCUGCUUAACCUGAGAAAAAUAAAUACAGCCAAGUCAAGUGCUUAGUUAAACCUUUUAAAAGCUUUAACUAAUUUAGCCAAUCCAGAAGCCUACUCACUACGUCAAUGUUUCACGAUAUCAUCAGUACUAUAGAGUGGAGUAGAGUUGAGGAGGUACCUUGCAGUGGAAAAGUGCAGUUAGCAGACACAAUGAAGGACCACUAAACAGUACUUUCUCUUUCAAAGAACUGAUAGAACGAACAGAUGCAGGGAUUUCUGGUGGUACAUAUGAAAGUGCAGUGCCGCAUUAUCUUUACAUUAAGUCUUUACGUCUUCAAUGCAUUCAAAAUUUGAGUUUCGCAUUUAUACAUUUUUGUUUUUCUUUUUAAUGUCGAACUGACUUCAUGGACUGACUCUUGAAAAUGGCGAAAGGGAAAAAAUGCAGUUGCCUGAAUUAAUGUACAAAUUGUGUUACAAUUUAGUCAUAUUUAUUUUAUUUUCGAGACCGCACAUAUGAAUCUUUAAACCUCGCAAAUAAUGCACAAGUUGAAUUAGAAGUACUUGAGCAGGAAGUGCACCAAACUGUGCAGAAAUCCAGACCUCCAGGCCCGGAAAUGCCCACCCCUGAUUAAGACCCAACUGACCUUCUCAGCUUCAUCUCUAAAUGAUCUUGUUUGCUAAAUAUCAUCCCAGUAGUUGUAUUGUGCCUUUCAGUAUGUGGUCAGAUUGAGUUAGCAUUAGCAUUAGCAUUCGCUAGUAGUCUUAGAGUCAUGUCCGAGUCAAGACCAAGACCAGGACAUACCGAGACCAAGUCAAGACCAAGACAAAGAUUUUUAGUAGUCAAAACCAGGGAAGAUUAGCAUUAGCAUUUUCCCCCUUCCUUAUAUCUGACCAGGCCUCUAUUAUGACCAAAUGUGCUUCUGUAUUCUCCUGCUGUGCAGUAAAACUGCUGCUGCUUAGUACUACUUUAACAUUUUGAGGUUUUCAGAUUAAAUUUUUCUUUAUAAUCUUUUUUUUUUGUUGUUGUUUUUUUGCUCUGGAAUGCUGUGAACAGUUGUGGGCUUGUGUAUGUUUUUAUGAAGGACACUCAAAAAACAGAUAUACACAGACAUGCAACAAAAGUCAUAUGAUGGCAUCUCUGUCCAAUGAAAAACACUCAUCUCCAAAACAGCAACUUUACAGGAGAGAGAAAAAACCUUCUAAACUAGUCUAAAAAAAGUCUAGUGUUUCUAUUGGUCUAUUGGUUUAUCAAGAAAUUUUGGCACAGUGUAAGGGACAGUUUGUCUGUUCAAAUUAUGUUGUAAACUAAAAAUCAUCAAAAUUGGAGUUAAGUGUUUUUCAUAGGACAGCGAUGAUAUAAAUCCUGAUGAAUCAUGACGUGCUACCUCAGGUUACAGCUUGGCUUGGAAAAAUGCCCAUACAUGUAUAAGUUGAAAGUUGGGCUGUACAGUAUGUCAUUUCAGCAUCAUCAUUAUAAUAAUGUGGGCAUAUGCAACGGUCAAAUCACAAGUUGUGCAGUUAGCUAUUUAAUAAAAUAAACACAUUUCUGUUUUUUGCUGCUUAAACAGAAAAUAAGUGCACUGUUUUAAUCCAUAAAAUAUAUACGCUCGGAGGAAAGCGCAGCGACUCGGUUCUGAUGCAUCAGCUCACAGGCGCAGCCUUGUGCUGAUUGCUGAUUUUGGCAAUACAGUGUAUAUCGCAGAAACAAAACUUAGUGUUUAUAAAUUACACUUAUAAGCUUAAGUGUAAUUUCUGUCUAAUAUCUUGCAACUCUAGUUGUGAGUGAGGUUAAAUACUGAGCCAGCCAUAUCCUGAGCGCAGGUUAGCGCAGUGUUGGUUAGCUUCAUGGGGCCACAUAAUUGUACAAUAGUGUCCCAUGACUUUUGGCAUGUCUGUGUAUUUCUGUAGGAUUACGAAUGCAGUGAAAGAUCAACAUCACUUAAACAUUUACUAUUACCUUAUCUUUUGGAGGUUAAUAGAUACAUCAGAAAAUAUCGGCCACGUUCAACAUCUGUCUGACGUGGGAAGUUUUAAAAUAUUUAUUUAUUUAUUCAU